AUGAGCUCCUCUUUACACUCACCAAUCCCUUCUUCAAAAUCCAAAAAACAUAAACUAGAUUCUGAAUCAACUGCAACUCCAAAAUCUAGACCUUCAAACCCAGCAAUCGCCACUCAAACCCCAACACAGCAGUCCCAACUCCCUCCCCGCCUCCGCAACCGCCGUGUUGCCCUCUCCAUAAAAGAUGUCCGUCAGAUCGCCUCUCAAGACCAUGGAAGCAACCAAACCAAGUCCGCCCGAAGACAGAUCGCCUCUUGGCUUGAGGAUUCCACCCCCAGUAAGCUACACAAGCCCAGGAAGAAUCAGUCUCGUGAUGGGCUCACUAAAAUCCCAGAUAAAUAUGAAAUGCUGGGUGAGUUCUUUGAUAACUUGGAUAGCUCGAUCCGGUUGCUGCGUAUGAAGGGUUCCACGUCUACUUUCUCAAAUAUUUCUCCCAAAAUCGAGUCUUUAACAGACAGGAGGUUUACACAUAAACAUUUGGCUCAAUUGAAGCACCUUAUGCCUGAGGCAAUUGAGAUAAAGCGGGUGCUUAGGUUUGAUGAGCGAACCUGUUGUAUGAAGCCGGAUCUUCAUGUUACUGUCAAUACCGAUGCAAUCGAAUGUGAUGAUGGCAAGUUGAAAUCUGAAAGUAGGAAUAUAUAUUUAAGGAAGGUUUUUCGCUCCAGGCUUUUGGAUUUUUAUAGAGACCAUCCUCAGGGUGAUGAUAUUCCAGAGGAAAUGCUCCCAGAGCCAUUCAAUCGCUCGCCAUUGCCUACAGAAACCCUGGCACUUAAAGAAGAGCAACCAGUGGUGGCAUCUCUUUUAUCCAGAAGGUUCCAGAGGCGCUUCUCCCAGAAAGGUACACAAAUUGAAGCAGAAAACAGCCUUCAGAAAUCAGUUUCUGCUGUUUUAGAGCCAUGCCCCGACAAAACCUCCUUCAAUGAGGAAAGUAGUUAUUCUGCUCCUUCUCCAGCCAAAGUGUCUUCAACAACUACUUGUGACCAAAAUUAUUUAUCUGCAACUCCAAGCAAAGAGAAAGAUGCCAUGGUUGAUGGAGAUGAUUCUCCCAUAAAGAUGGCUAGUGUUCAAUCAACUCCUGCAAAACUUGUUUUAACCCCAUCUACAUUGAUAUCUACCACCCCUGCAUUGCAUCCACAUAAAAGAUGUAUGAGCCCAUAUGAUGACGAUUCUUCCAGCACACCAGACAAGCUUGUUAGGCGUCCGCCCAGCAGGUCACUGAUAUUUGUAACUCCGGUGAAGCAUGCUAACGAUGAAGAAAAAGUGAUGGGGGAUGAAUCGGAUGAUGAUGAUAUAUUGAAAAUACUUCCUGAGAGGCUUCUGCAAUCGAUAAGAGAGAAAGAGCAGAAGGCUAAAGAAGAGCGAGACCCUGCAAUCUCACAAGCAAAGAGGCGGUGGCAAAUGAUUGCCUGUCUUCCUAAGCUCUUCAACAAGAUUCAUUUCUUGUUUCAGUCAAUAAAACAAUCAGUUCUCACAAAAGAGGAACUUAUACACAAGAUAAUUGCAAGCCACUCUGAUAUUGAUGAUAGAAGAGAAGUUGAUGAGCAGCUAAACUUGUUGCUUGAACUCGUUCCUGAAUGGAUUUCUGAGAAAUUGACAUCUAGUGGGGAUUCGCUUUUUCGCAUCAACAAAAUGUAUAGUCCGGAAACUGUACGCACACUACUUGAAGAAGCCAAGUGA